GGCUGCUUUCUGCUUUGCAGGUGUCACCUCUGAGGAGGUAAGCAGCUGCCUUGGGCUGUCCAUUGGCGUUUCAUUCAGCAUGAGGCAGCUGGGGCUGGGUGUCUCUACCUCAACCUCGGACUGCAAACAGGGAGGGUUCCUGAAAACAGAUCCUGAGAGCCACAGCGCAAUUGUGGAAGACAUUAUUCCCCGGAUUAAAGGGGGAGACACCAGCUACAGCGAAGGGCUCCUGAACAGCUGGGAUGGCAAAAUGUACCGUCAGUGGGGAAGGUCGUUAAAAUAUAAUCCUGCUGUUAUUGAUUUCCAGCUGGAGCCCAUCCAUGAAAUCCUCCGCAGGAGCGACCUCGCCCACAUGGAAACCAAACGGCAGCACCUGAAGCGAGCCCUGGAUGAAUUCCUGGAAGAAUUCAACUCCUGUCGCUGUGGAGGGUGCCUGAAUAAUGGGGAGCCCAUGCUGGUGGGGGACAUCUGCUCCUGCCAGUGCCGUCCUGGCUACAGGGGCCCCGCCUGCGAGCAGACUCAGCGCCCAGCUGCUGAGAUGGACGGGCACUGGAGCUGCUGGUCGGGCUGGUCCCCGUGCCAGGCGGGGACAUCGCGGCGCAGCCGGGAGUGCUCCAACCCGGCCCCACAGAACGGGGGACAGCCCUGUGCUGGGAGGAACGUCCAGACCAGAGCCUGCUGAAACCCCAAAGUGCCUGGAGAAGGGUGGUUUGGAACCUGGGCUGGGCUAUAAAUACUCCAGGUAUGCAAUGGAAUCACCACCGGGAGAAAUAAUUGAGUGGUGGUGAUGCGUUUCUGUACGUGCCAGAUUUGCUGUGUAAAAUCUGAGUGACUGCUCCGGUGGUUUUGGGAUAGAAGCCACAUCAGAUGGGGUGGGAGCCCCACUAGUGCCCAGCACCACUGCUGCAGCACAAGGGAUGACAGGGAAUCCACCCAAAGGAGGUGCCUUUUCUGCUGGGUGACCACAGGGCUGCAGCCAGUCAUAAAAAAAAAAAAAAAAUUUAUUUUAUUUGAAUGAAAUAAAUUCACUGCGAGUGUUUACACAACUGAGCCUGACUCUCGGGAAGUUUAUGGAUUUCCCUUUGGGAAACACACGGAAAGCUCACGAUCUUUGCGUUCCCGUGCAGUUGGUAUUGACAUAUGUACCACGAAACUUUUGUGAGUUGGCACUGUCAGAUUUGUGAGUCCAGCAUAUUGGCCAGGGCUGCAUUUGCAGCAAAGCCAUAUGCUGCUCUGCGUGGAGAAAGCCUUCAGCCCAAAGAUGCCGAAGCAUCUUCGCAAAAUGUGAGCCCAAAGCCCCGAGGAAUU